AUAUGUCGAGCGGAGUACGUUGAUGUUGCGCGGAGCAAUCUGAAGGAGAAUCUGCUGCGUUUUAUGCGAAUGAAGUCCUUUUCUCCUUCAAGGUCUUCUAGAAUAUUGUGGUAGUCAUCCAAAUACCGCAGACAGUUUUCGAAAUCCCUCAAUGUUCGCACGGCCUUUGCCGUGAAUGGUGGCACCGUAAUUGAAAUCACAAAACCAUGAAACUCUUUUUUCUAUUUGUGGUAGGCUGUGCCUUAAUUAUCCAGUUUUCUUCCAUACACGCGACAAAUCUGAAUGAAUAUCUGAACGAGAAAUUACGGCAAUCUAAGAUAGAAUUUAUUAAGAUUCACAUUCAGGAAACAUCGCCGGUGCACGAAAAAUUGUAUAAAGUACAAUGGAAUAAAUCAUGGCGAGUACCUUUAACAAGCGAGCACAGACCGUUCACGAUAAAUAUAUUCGACGAAAUAUUCAUCCUCGAUGACAAUCGCGUGAUGGCACCUUCUCUUAAUCAGACCUCUUGGAACAAAACUUAUCUGGCGUUACAUCAAGUUGACUGGAUUGGAGAGCUUUCUCCUGUUAAAUUUGUUAGGAACAUUGUGUGGGAAGAUACUACCUAUCUAUUACUGUGUUACGAGCCUGAUUUGUGUAGUCUUUAUACGGCAACGCGAAAUAACACAUUGCGAUUUCGCCACACCAUCGGACACAGAGGAAUUCCCGUAGACGCUAAAUUUUUCACACAGGACGAUCAACUUCAUCUAGUCAUCGCCAAUAAUGCUGGCAAAUUUUCCGUGCCAUCUAUUAUCUAUCGAUGGAGCGGUACGUAUAUGGACGUAGUCGACGAGGUGAUGACGAUCGGCGCGAUAUCAGUCACCGCGUUCGAGCAACGGCGAUCGACGAUUAUCGUGUUCGCGCAAUACGAAGCCGAGAAUCCGCGGGUCGGUUCCGAGGUGUACGAGUUCAAAGUCGGUGACAUUGAGAGGAUACAAUUUUUGUCCAUCACGCGACCGAUUUCAAUGCAUCACUAUGUCCACGGCGACUUCAACUUUGUCUUAAUGACAAACGAGUUAGGACGAAGCAAUGUUCUCUGCUGGGAUGGACAAGAACUGUUGCAUUGGUUUAGUCUUUCCGGGAUUGAACCACACAGCUUGAUGAGUAUUUUCCAUGUAGAUGGUAAUACUUUUAUAGUUGUAGCACACGAUAAUAUCAUCCAGUUAUAUAAAUUUCAUAGUACAUCCGAUUGGAAAAGUGAAAACGUUAAACAAUUCGAAGACGACCAAAAAAUAAUUGAUAUGGUGGUAUCAAUGAAUAAAUAUACGAUGAAUGUGAUAUUGAUUAUUGAGGAAAAGAAUGUAUAUUUGGUGGAACAAUGGCAAGCUGAAAUGACUUCGGUACCAAGCGAAAAUAUUGUCGAAGAUACUGAUGCAACGAGGAAAUGCUUAUCGGAUCUGAUCGAAACGUUGCAGGCAAGAAUGCCGGCUAUAAAGGAAGCCGAGGCUUCUUGGAAAAUUCUUUUACCAUCCGCGAAGAACUUGACGAUCACGGAACCAGUGAAAUUCGACAAUUUGAAUUUUCAACACGGCACAGUGGACAGCAUUGAAAUUACGGCUGAAGAAGACAUCUUGCCACCUCAUUUGAUUGAAGAUGUCCUGAACGAGCUGGAUCACAAUAUUGACGAGAUUGCAGCAGGCUCGAAAGCGCAGAAAGAAAUGAUAAUUACGAACGUGGAAAUGUGGCAAGACGAGAUCGUGAUUGACGAUGCAUAUCUAGAAGAGCUGGAGAUUGAUCGAGUGGACAUCGAUAUCGUAAACGAUGCGGAGAUGCUAUCGGAAAAAGUAAUUCUACCAAAAGGCAAUCAAAACUUUACACAUCCGUUGAGAGUGGAAAAUAUUAUUGUACACGAACUUGAAGUUGAAUCUCUCUGUGGAGUGCCAUCCCAAUAUUGGAUGUUACGAAAGGAUGAAGGAAUUACAUUUACCGCCGCAAAUAGCUCCAUCGAAUAUUCAAACGACACGAUUAUAGUGCAUUCUGAUUUAACAGUACCGAGAUUGAAAAUUAAAAGCUUGAACGGAACAAUCGUCGAUGAAUUAAUCGACAAUCUAUUCCUCAUUAAUCAUACCCAGAAAAUUAAAGGUACAAUUACAUAUAAAAACUUUUUGGAUAUUACGAACCUUACAACGCAGAUGUUGAAUGGUAUUCCCGCUGAUAAGUUUAUGACAACGAGAACAAAUCAGACCUUUGACGAUUUUUAUAUACCAGUUUUGAAGAUUGACAAUCUAUUUGCUGAAACGGUUAACGGGAUACCAAUUGAGGAAGCUGCGAGGAAGUCUCGCAAAAAUAUUAUUAAGGGUAAAUUAAAACUAGCGAAUCUCCACGUCACCGAAAAUUUCACGAUUGAUGUGAACACAUCUAUGAUGCAAAUGUUUAACGAGCGGUUUCUUCAUAUCUACGAAAAUGUCACGAUAUUCGGUAAUCUACAUCUUCGAAGUAUCAAAAUCGAAAAUGCAGCUACGCUCUUUGUAGAAGAUGUUCCAAUAAAUGUGAACGACCUAUUUAACAACUUCUGGACGAAAUCCGGCGAUCAGACAAUCACGGAAAAGAUCACUUUGAAAAACGGCGUUACCAUCGACAGACUCGAUGCAAAGUAUCUCAAUGGUUUCACGGAAAACGAUUUUUUGUACACCACAAUGGAAGAAAUACCAAGCGAAUUCACCAAUCUACGCUUCGAAAAUCUUUAUGUCGACGAAUUCUUCAAUGAAAACGAUUAUUCACACGACAGUUUGUUCCAGGUUGAAUCGAAUCAAUUAAUUAUUCGAAAACAAUUGCAUCUGCAAAGUCUCCGAGCGGAAGAUAUCAUUACCUUGACUUUCAACGGCGUCGAUGUUGACGACAUCAUGAAUGGAAUUCGAACAAAUUUCUCAGGAACCACGAAACUUUUCACUGUUCAAGCGCGUCGCGUAUUCGUCGACAAUCUCAAUAUUGAUCUUCUCAAUGAUCGUGAGGUUCUCUUCGAAGAUGGGCUUCACCUCAACGAUGAUCAUCAGAUAGCGACCUUAAAGACACCACAAUUCAACGUACGGAAGUUGGAAGUGGAAAGGUUGAAUAGAAUCAAGAUGGAUCUCCUGACGCAAUUAAAAAAUCUGACAGAUUUUGAUCUGAGCAGAAUCGUUAUUGAUGGCGACUUGAUAGUGAAGAACCUGACGGUUAGGCAAGUGGAUGGACAAUCGAUGGAGAGUUUCUUAGAAGAACUGGGGCAAAGCGAUAUCAUGAUAACUUCGGAGAAGAGCAUCGAAAGCUUAAUCGUAGAGAACAUAACUCUAGAAUCUCUUCAUGGUCAAAAUUUCGAUGAACUGUUUGCUAAUGUGCUCUCGAAAUCAAGGGAACAAAAGAUAUCUGGACAUUUUUCGGCCCACAUUGUCACUUCCGACAACGUCACAAUGAACUUCAUCAAUCAACAGAACGCUUCGAAGUUUAUGUGGAUAGACGAGCCUUUAACGAUCACGGGCAACGUAACAUUCUCCGAUUUAUUUGUCGAAGGCGAUGUGAUUACUUCGAAGUUAAAUGGACGUAAUGUGCGCGAGUUAUACGACAGCUUAUUGCACGUUCCCGUGAAAAAUAUCGAUUUCCUAAAGGUGGAUGGAAAUAUUUCUUGGGAAACGCCCUUGACUAGUCCUACCUCGAUAUCUUACUUGUGGAAGAACGCCGUGACCAAAACCGGAGACCAAGAUAUCACGGGCAAAGUGACCUUCGCGAAGGACGUUCACGCGUGGACGGUCAUCGGUGCGUACAACGAGAUCAAUGAGAUCGAACGCAUAAUAUCGGACGCCGUGAUCAACGACGGGGAAAACAUUGAGAUCAGCGGGAAGAAAUUCUUCGAAAAUGAUUUCAUCGCGGAUAAGUUAGUGGUGAACGGCGACUUGGGCAUUGCCAAAGUCAACGACGUGGAUAUUCUCAAGUUUAACGAUUCGGCUGUUAGAAGGAAUCGCGAGGAAACGAUUCUCGGUCCGUUGACAUUCCUCAAGGACGUGACAAUCGAGAAACUUCACGUGAACGAUGCCGAUUUUAACGCGUCCAUCAACGCUGUUGUACGUACCAACGACGUUAUGCCGGACAACGUCUUCUUCGAGGACCUUGUAGUGAUGAACGACGUACACCUAAAGAAUUUGAACGGGAUAGACUUCGACGAGUUCGUCAGCAACCGUGUUACUCUCACCGGAAAUCACAGCAUCUCGUGCGAUUUGAAAUUUAAUGGUGUCGUCACAGUAACAGGUAAUGCGCAUAUAGGGAAAAUCAAUGGGAUUUAUCCAUCUGAGUUUGUGCUUAAUGAUGUUGAUGAGGUGCAGAUGAUAUAUGGCACAAAAACUUUUGAAGACGAUUUGAUAGUCGAAGGAAAUGUUACUGCACCGCAAAUCAAUGGUGUCGACAUAAUAAAAGAAUUUAAUAAUGGUGUACAAAACGAUGAAGAUGUCAAUAUCUUUGGAAAUCUGAUUUUUAAGGCAAACGUUCGGAUCCAAAAUAUGAAUGUUUCCGGUUUGGUAAAUGGUGUAAAUUUCCGUUCCGCAAUUAGCGAUUCUCAAGAGAAGGCGAAUAAGACUAGGCAAAGCCUAGAGGAAAGCUGGAAAAUAAUCGAACAGAAUAUCGAGUAUAGUUCGGAAAUGUUCGAGAACUUGGGUAACAUCUUCUUUUAUCUAGAAAUAGAAGAGAAUCUAAAGAUACCUGGGAACAAUGUCAGCAAAAUCGACGUAGUGCACUUCAACGAGGACGAAAUCAGACUGAAUAUGUACAGUGAACAGCCCGGAAUAUUUUGCGGGCUACCAGAUCAUUGUUUGUGUGUGUAUCAAUCUGUGGUAGAAAUCAUCGAUGGAAAUGUGCGAAAAUGGCAAGUGUAUCCUGGAGAAAUCGUAAGAAAUUUUCAUGAUCCCAACAGUGUUUUUGGUAUCAACGUAAUAACGAACGCCGUUUCGAGCAAUGAGAAAUGCACCUCGUCGAGAACCAAGCAAGAAUUCACUACGAUUUCCUUGAUGAAGUCUGAAAAUUCGAAAAAGAUUCACGAAGACGUUUUCGAUAAGAUAGAAGGAUACUUGAAAGAUGCGAGCAUAUUUAAACACGAUGGUAAUGUAUAUAUAAUUCUGGCGAUUUACUAUGAUAAAGUAAGUGCAACGCAUCGUACAAACUCCUUGCUUUAUAAAGUACAUAUGGAAAAGAGAAAUGCAACAUUAGUUCAAGAAAUUCCUACGGACGGUGCCUGGUCCAUUCAGAUUUUCAAAAUCAAUGAAGAAGUGUUCCUUCUCAUCGGCUGCUUUGGCGAAUCUUCGGAGUCUUCAUUAUACAGAUUCAAUUUAUUAACACAAAAGUUUGAACAGCUGAGAACAUUCGCAAGCAGAAGUCGUUACGUGAAAAGUCUAUCGCAAGGAAAGGAUCAUUUUGUUCUACUGGACAAUCCUGAUACAAACGCCGUGAAUAUUUACAAAUAUGAUCCCACAUCUCGCAACUUUCACAACUAUCAAAACAUCUUUCAUGUCCAUCGGAUUAACGGAAUUGAGUGUUUCUACGCCGAUGAUUUUGGCAACAGCGAUGUGUUUGUGAUUGUCACAACACAAGGUGGACGAUUUUAUAUUUACGAAUAUAUGUUUGCUGGGAAAUUCCAGAUGAAAUUACAACACGCCGUGGACGACUUACGAACGAUGAUGCCAUUUUAUUAUAUGGAUCGUCAUUACAUCUUGAUUGGCACAGAUAACGACAAUAUAAUCUUUCGAAUCGUGAAACAAGGUCCACAUUAAUCCGACAAAGAUUAUAGAGAUCAUAGAAAUGAAUUUUGUAUAUAUGCACACGCCUGAAUAUUUAUAUAUAUCGAUAUAUAUGUUAAUUC